AUGGUAGACGCGGAGCACGCAACAGGUUCUUCUGCGCCCACAGAACCGGCUUCCGUAGCCAGAUGGCAAUCCCUUCUGCAGUUGCUAGUAAGCGCAGACCCAGUUUUAGGUUGGUUAGGUGCGGAAUGCUUACAAGAGAUCCCCGUGAAGUUGCCUGUAACUCAAAUGGAAGAGGUUUACUUUUACUAGGCGGGUUGCAUAAAAAAAGAAGUUUUGUCAACUAACCUUCUUCAUGGCCCCCCUCUGAACUCUUUUGAGGCAGUUUUAAUCUUCAACAGCCCACGGUCUCCAGGCUUGUAUGCCGUACUCCGAGUGCGGCUGGACGAAUGUUCCGAAAGUCUUGGAGAAAGCGUCUUCGUAAAAUCCAUAAAUGUACGCUUGAUGGCGCACAGUACGGACCUUGUGCUUUUUGCCACUCUCGAACAAGGAGUGGAUGGUUUCAGGGAAUUCGUCGUCAGCACACCAAGCUCCUUUUGGGCUUCGAUUUCUCGAAAAGUUGCGGCGCUCAAAAAGUAGUCUCUUGCGCUGGCCGUUCUGGCUGUGUUGCCUAGGUGAAUUAUGCCACAUUUACCAACGUUGAACCGCGGGAGCCGACGGUUUGACCACUCCUUCAACCGCUUUAGGCUCAUCCGCAGUCUGUCUUCGUCGGCAGUAUCCCGGAUUGCACUCCAUAUUUUCGUGUCAUCGGCAAACAUUGCCGAUUCGCAGUCCAAAGCUCUUGCGGCAGCGUCCACGUAUAUAAGGAAUAAAAUGGGCUGCAGUACUGCACCCUGGGGACACCACUCUCGACCACAUCAGGAUCUGAUUUCCCUCGUCCGAUGCACACAACCUGGUGUUGACCCACAACGCAGUUUUCGAUCCAUCUGAGGAAGUUGCCGCAUAUCCCUAUUUUUUCAGUUUGUGUAACAGCCUCUGAUGUGGCACAGUGUCGAACGCCUUCUGGAAGUCAAUGAAAGCUAUCUGGACCGCGUGCCUGUGGUCGAGACCCCGUGCCCAGAUCUGAAGAGGCUGCAGCAAGUUUGUCAUGCAGGAUCUUCCUUUCCAGAACCCAUGCUGGCAUUUCGAUAGCAGGUCAUGAACUUCCAUGAGAUGCAUCAAUUCACUCUUUAUGAUUCUCUCCAUAACUUUGCACAGAAUGCAUGUCGAGCUUAUGGGCCUGUAAUUUGUCGUCGAUGCCCUGCUACCUCCUUUGUAUAGUGGAAUAAUAUGUGCCAGCUUCCGAUCGAUAAGAAGUGUUCCAGUGUCAAAUGACGUUUGAAAGAGCAUCGACAAAGGCACAGAAAGCUGACUGGCGAGUUCCUUAAGAACCUUGCGUGAAAUCUCGUCUGGUCCCGGAGACCUGAAUUUGUUCAAUGCUUUUAGUUCUCUUCGGACAGUGCCUUCUGAGAAGAGUAUCUAACUGAGGCUUGGAGUCGGCAGUUCUUCUGCGGAUUAAGGAAGGAACCUUGCCUCGUUUGUGUAGACUAAUUGGAAGAACUGUGAAAAAUACGCAGCUUUAUCCCCACUAUCAGCAAUCUCAACUCCAUCAGCAGUCCUCUUUAAGGGACUUUCAUGUCUGUUACUUGUACUUCGUCGGAGGUAGCUGUAGAGUUAUUUUAGGUUCUUCGUUACUCUUUGUAGCAAAUCCUUCUCGAAAUUCCGCCGCGUUUUUAAAAUCAAUUUUUUUCAGUUUGUUCCUCUGUGUCUUGUAGAUGUUGAAAUAUUUAAUUUGCCAAUGACGCAGUAUUUUUUCCACAAUUUGUGUUUCCUGUUGAUGUCUUUCCUUAGGUCGCUAGUUAGCCUCCCAGGCCGCUUGUCCUGUCUUAUACUCGUCAGUGGGCAGUGGAUGUUGAUGAGCUGCAGAAGGACGUUAUUGAACAACUCCCAGUCAUCGUUGGCAUUACCCGUAAACAAUGACCCCAUUCGAGACCGGAUAAGUCUGCCCGCAUCUCGCCGAAGUCGUACCGCCAAACAUUGCGUCUUUUUUGGUCUGGAGUAUGCGAGAUGGAGAAUAACGAAUAAUCCUACAGAAGCGCUACAUGGUCAUGUCGGCCAAUGGGCGGCAUGGAGGAGAUCUCGUCUGUGCUGUCUGGUGUUUUCGUAAAAACCAGAUCCAGGCAGUUCGCCCUCUGUCCUUCACGUGCUCUCGUUGGAAACACUACAUGCUAUGUGAGGGACUCCUUUAAUGUUUUGUUCAGCAGACGGUACUCGAAUGGCGAUUUCGGACCUGACACUUGAAGGGUGUUCCAGUUGAUUCCUCUUGCGUUGCAGUCGCCCAUGAUCAUGCUGUCAGAUCAACCGGAAAAUUUCUCCAACUGCUCCAAAAGACAAGUAUCGACGAUUUGGUCUGUCCUAGGUGGUCGGUAGACAGUGAGGACAUCGAGAUACGAGGAACCAGUAGCUUUGAUUGUCAACCAAAGAGCAUCCCUGAUGCACGCAAACUUGGCGAUGUUUUCUGAAACUGUCAGGUUUUCAUUCACAUACACAACGAUGUCACCACACUGACAAUAUACCCUGUCCCUCCGAUAAAUUUGGUAUCCAGGCAAGGUUAUUUUACUACCGCCAAUAUUCCCGGACAGCCAGGUCUCGGUUACUGCUAAAACCUCCGGAGACCGUUCGGUAGGCAAAGUUUUAGCUCGCCUAGUUUUGAUAUGAGGCUUUGAGUAGUCGUAUACAAACACCCUCAUUUUUGCGCCAGCCGAAUUUCCGCCUGCAUUUGUCACUGUUUUGAGCAUUACAGCGUUAUCAUUCAUCAGUUACAGUGUUAAAUCCUAUCCGCGUUGUUAAAAACCCUUAAAGACCUGUUUACUAUUAUCUCAGGGCGCAGCAGUUUCAAGACGAGUUUUAAUAUCAGAAUUUUAGGCCGUUGGCACCUAUGAGUCCUGAGUCCGAGUGGCCAGUGCUAAACACCUCGAAGUGUCAAUAGCCCGAAAGCACACAAACGCGUGCCAGGUGAAUGGAUGACAGAAGUACUUAAUAUAUCAAUUUUUUAUUUAAUAGAAAUUCCAGGAUUCUUCUAUGACGAGACAUGCGAUCGCUAUUUUAAAAUUGAAAAGAAUAAUGCGGCCUCCCACUUGAGCGCAUCAUCUGUGACUGAUCGAAAAUUAAUAGAAGCCAGUGAAGCACGCCUUACUAAGCUUCCGACAUAUACUGCUAUACAGCUUACCCAAGAAUAUAAUGAAAGGAUUUCUGGCCACGUUCAAUUGCCUCGUGCAGCAACAGCAUUAUCCGCUUAUCCUGGUAAGGUGCGUUCGUCAUAACGUACAUGUUAGGCUAUAUAGCCUGGGACGACAUCUCGAAUGAUUUAUGCAGACCUGUUUAGGAUUCAUAUCUACUGUGCAGUAGGUCGCUUUGAUCUUAUUUGAUUGGGCCUUGGCUCCUUUCCUCUACAUAUUUAGACAGUUAACUAUUCGGCCACUGCUUACCUUCUUACCUUUUUUGUCAAUGCUUUUCCCAUCUGAGGGUAAAGUUUACAAGUGCAAUCCACAUAGUUACUCGGUUUUAUAGCUUCAGUAGCGUGGCACAGCAAAUAUAUAUUUGCUAUUAUUCACUGUAGGUUAGUCCCACUCUCUAGACCGACCAUUAACGUUUGCCAUUGCGUGUAGUUGUCAGUAAGCCAUUGGAGUAAUGCAACUGUUCUCACCUACAGGCGUUAAACAUCGUCAGACCGUUCGUUACGGCAAUUUGUUUUGUCGACUUUCCUGCAGAUUUCGUUUUCGAUCGUUUGCUGUGUAGACGGUGUUGACGAAGAUUACCGCUGCCAUCAGGGUAUGUUGUCCCUCACUCGCUGUACGAAUUCUUAUUCAUAGCAACCUCCGUCACUUGUCUAGUGUUCGGCCCGUCGCUCUAAGAGGAUGGAUGCGCUCUGCCAUCCCACUUAUCUACGUUAUAGAUCAGACUAAUAAGUUUUGCAUGUGGGGUUUAUGGUGUUGAAUUUACGCCUGGACACCGACUUAUCACAGUCGAUUGCGCCGACACUGCCGUCCCUUUGUCAGGCCAUAUCGACCUAAAGGUGUGGUUUCUUGGUUAAGUGGGAUCAUAAAUUAACUAGCUUACACGCCAACGGUGUAAAAGCGACGUUUUCGAACCGAAUGCUUGACUCGGAGAUUGUUUGGAAUACACGCAGCUGUAUUUCGGGGCCACUGUCUGACAAUCAGACUGAGUAGAAAUGGCACAGUCGUCUGAAAUUAUGCUGUUGAGCAAAAUUCUCUCACGGCCUGAAAGGUGCGUGUGCUCUUCGCAUAUUUCUGUCGCCAAGUGUAUCCCCGUACACUGCAGCGUCGGUCCUUUCCGCCCGCUCUACUUUUGAAAAUGUCGGGCUGUGUGGGUAGGGGAACAUCAAAUGCUUUCAAAUACUGCUCUCCAAGGACGUUCUCCAGAGUCGACCUCACUCUUCUCUUUCCCAGGAACCAGUCAACUGUCCGAGCGGUGAUUGGGCGCAAAUGACUGACCAUAGCUAUGUAGUCCGUCUGUGAGUGUCACACACGACCUGUCCCCACAGAGUACCUGGCUUUCACACAGAGGGUUGGGCGACCCAGAUCUCGGAUGCCUCACAGUACCAUAGCGGCCACAUUUAAAAUGAGCCAAAGAACACGCUUUUCACUUGCGUGUGAGGCGCCUGUUCCGAGCCUAUGGUAGGCGGUGUUGGACAGGUACGUGUGUUGUGUAUGGGGGUGGUGGAGGGCGUGUGAUGAUGGGGUUUGGUCUGAAAUGCUCUACCGAAAGUUUCCCUAGAGGCGCACAUGACCUUAUAGGUCUAGACGGUGACUUAAUGUGUGUGUGGGCAGUGCGAGACAUACACGCUGUAUAUUGCUGUUUUUACGUAAAGUGACUAAGUGACAGUUUGUCCGUAACACGGAGGUAGGCUGACAGCUAAAGCUCCAACUGUACUUGACCUUGGUUAUACUCUCCCUAGAGCGCUAUAUCCUCGCCCGAAUAGCCAAUGCUAGACAUCGUCAACGCAUUCCUCUGGACAAUGCGAUCGCCCGUCCAACCGUUUUGGACUCACAUGGCGGCACGCGGAUUCACGUGAUAGACUCCAGGUUUCCUUCUACUGGCCUCCGACAGUACCGCGUUUGUUGGAGCGGCAAAGUUGCAAGGAAGGUUUUUAAGCGGUCCAUGCGCUGGCGUUUUUCCAUCUCCAGCUGUCCUCGCUCAUACGACGGUCCAAACUGCCAUGGAUGUAAUGAUGCAACCUGGCUAAUACCUGGCAGGAAGCUAGCCUGCGUAUCGCCCGAUUCGCUCUCCUUUUUAAAAUGCUCAGGUAGGUGUGCAUAAUCUGUUCUUCGCUCCAUAUUUCGUUUGCAGUCAGGUUAUAAAUUACUCGGAUUUAUUAGGAAGGACGGAAUUUGAUUCGAUCGAAGACGGAGUACAUGUGGUCGGGUAUACCCAUUCCAAAGCCCCACUCAUCCGAAUUUAGCGGGAAAAGGGACAGAUAAGACGGUUGGACACACGAGCUCACUCCUUACCGCCACCCUCAGUUGCCAUGAUGCUUACCUUCUGGAGUAACUAGAUGAAAUUCCUUCUCUUAAAUUAGCCAUUCUCGGUUAAUAUUCUUGUGCCAGUUAAAGGCGUCCCCUUGUAAGCGGGACAAUCAGUUGACUACCACCAGCCUCAACCGGUGACCGACUAUGCAGCCCACACUAUCCAGCCAGGUUAGCUGUACACUCACGCAACGGACUUCCUUUUGGCAAUAGAAAUCUAAUUUCCAGGUAUAAUUCCAGAGACCUUCACUUGGCGGUGUAUAGUUUGAUUUUUCGUACAAACAGUCUGGCUGCCCAGCUUAAAUGAGUGGGGCGUUAUAUACAUAGCUCGCUUUGUCAGAUGCGCCAACGACACCUUUUGCGCAAACUGCCAAUACCGGGAGUUAAUCUUGAAUCUGCCUGACGGUACUGAGUGCCAGACCUCUUUAUCGGCGAAUUUUCUGGGCUGAAUGGUCACAUGUCUUAUCUGGCCUCCCCGUAGGUUUGGUCUUUUGCCAAGUAAUGAUCCAAGGGUGCGCAGGCCGACGUGGCGGCCGAGGAAGUGUUCGUUUUACAGCUUUGCUGUGCACUUUUCGUCCCGGCCUACCGUUGCUGUCACGCACUCGUCUUCAUGUCCCACUUUAACAGGUUUAAUCCCAAUCCUACUGGUUAGUUCUCGCACAUCCUCUGCUUAAAGUGGCGAUGACUGAGGAGUAGUCCCCAAACCCACCUUUGACAUUUAGAUUGAAUUAUGUGCAAGACUGACGCUUGUAGUCAAGACGCCUUCUCUUACUUUAGGCACGGGCUACGAGCUGCUAGAAAGUGUCCACCUCCGGCGUCUUAAUAAUCCACGAUUUGCACAGUCGGCUGUCGUCCGGCAUGCUUGUAACCUCAUCGGCGAAACGGGGCCUGCCCAAAAACACAAGAGGGAGAUAGAGACAGCCACAGAAACGCCGGUCUUCUUCACGAACCAGAAAAUCAUAAUCUACGAUGGUCUGGUGCGCCAUCUUUUGUCAGCAAACACUACCAUCAGUGCUGUAACAAACGCGGGGCGUCGUCGACAAUGGCUUCUCAGCCCUGGCUCUCGUUUCACAGCCCUUGCGAAGACCGAGUACCGGCCAGUGGGCGAGACCUCCAGCAUCUCAGUCUACAUUGGCUCAUACUCGGAGUCCGGCGGUGGCCGAUUCGGUCUAUUUUCGCUAGAACAGGCACCGCGGCUGCAGGAGCUCAUCCGUUUCUCGCCCACAGUGGCCGGUGAGAUAACUAGCAUGCAGUGCCUCCUCACCUCUGCCGGUGAUCGAUACGGCCUCCUAGUCGGCAGGCGAAACGGUCUGGUGGAACUAUGGGAGGACCGAUGGCCGGCCGGGCCCGCGGUCACCUACUGGGGCUCAGACAGCGGUUGCCUCAUAUCUUCCAGCUCCCCAAUUCCACCACAACCGGCGGUAGAGGUGCCUCACCACACCAGUCUUGCGGCGCCCAUUCUGGGGCACGCGAAGAUUGGUCUCUGGGAGCUGAAAACAGGCCGGCUGAUGCGUAUGCUGUCCUACGCGGUGGGGGGAGAAGGGGAGGAGGCUGCGGAGGAUUCCCUUUCAGCGCCUCCGCCGCUUCUCCUCCUGAAGUCCGAGUGGGGCAAUGACGCCGAUCGCAUGCCCACACGUGGACCAGCCCUCCUCUCCAUUAAUCUUAACCACAGCAAUUGGUUUUACGAUUAG